CUUUGUGCAAUCUGCGGCAUUAAACCCGCCAAGAUUUUGUAGUAAUUUUAAUGGGAGCGUGCAAUAAAUAUUCGCAAAUUGUGUUCAAGACCGAAAUUGCCAUUAAAAUCAGAAUGCUGCUCAAGAGUUUCCUUUUCUGCUUGGCUGGCAACCCUUUUACUGACGUCACAAUCGUAAAGUUUGCUUCAAUCCAGCAAAUUGCCGCCGCUGAGAGGUUUUCCGGCGCACACUUGGUGUUUACAUUUUGCCAGUGUUGACAUACGUGGAAGAAAAUAGUGGCGGAAAAAGAGCCCCAGGAAGUACUGAAUCCCGCACAAUGCGCUGCUAAAGAGUGUGAAGACCUUCCCGGAUGCUUGAGUAGUUUUGGAUAGUUUGAUGCGAACAAUGUUAGGUUAUGUCCCGCUUGCAGAUUCUCCUGGCCACGGUUUUCACUCGAAACUUACGCAAUUCGCAAUCUUCCGGCAUGGGUGCACGCGAGAUCCGGUUGGAGGACAUCGAGGUGCUGUGCAGUGACAAGUGCAGGAUCAAAGAUCGGCCGCGCGUGGAACGCAUCCUGCGUGAGCUCGUGUCCGGCGGCACGGAGCGCCUGCAGGUGGUCACGGACUUCGAUCACACCAUCACAAAGCAGCGCCUGGACAAUGGCCAGAAGGUGCUAACCAGCUUCGGCAUCUUCGAGGAGUGUCGCUCGCUGCCGGCGCGCUUCCGCACGGAGAGUCGCCAGCUGUACGACAAGUAUCGCCCCAUCGAGGUGGAUCCGCUGGUGCCCAUGCCCGAGAAGAUCCAGUGCAUGAUCGAGUGGUGGCGCCUGUCCAACGAGCUGCUCAAGGGCUUCAAGUUCGAGCCGCAGGAGAUCGACGACGUGGCCGUGCGCUUCAAGGAUGCUCUGCGGGACGGCACAGAAGUACUCUUUAACGAGCUCAACCGGCAGAAAGUGCCCGUGCUGGUGUUCUCCGCCGGUCUGGGUGAUUCCGUGGUGUCCAUCCUGAAGCACGCCAGUGUGCUGCUGCCCAACGUGAAGGUUGUGUCGAACUUCCUGCAGUACCAAGACGGCAUCCUCAACGGCUUCCAGGAGAAGUUCAUUCACGCCUUCAACAAGAACGAAACGGCUUUGCAAGGCACGGAAUACUACGAUCUCGUGCACACCAGAGAUCACGUCAUCCUCAUGGGAGAUUCCAUUGGGGACGCCGGCAUGGCGGAUGGGAUUCCCACGUCGUCGCACGUCCUCAAGAUUGGCUUCCUCUUCGAUCACGUGGAUCAGAGUCUGCCCAAGUAUAUGGACUACUUCGACAUUGUCCUGAUCGACGACCAGACGAUGCAUGUGCCGCAGAAGAUCCUGUCACUCAUCACGCAACCGCUGUAAAUCCUUCCACCGCACAAAGAAUUUAUUACCUCAAUUGUGACGAGCGCAGAAUGGAAAUAUGAUUUGAA